UUUUUUUUUUUUUUUUGGUCUUUCCUAGGGCCGCACCCUCCACACAUGGAGGUUCCCAGGCAAGGGGUCCAAUCGGAGCUGUUGCCGCCAGCCCACACCACAGCCACAGCACUGCCAGAACCAAGCCAUGUUUGCGACCUACACCACAGCUCACGGCAAUGCCGGAUCCUUAACCCACUGAGCAAAGCCAGGAAUCGAAUCCUUGACUUCAUGGUUCCUAGUCAGAUUCAUUAACCACUGAGCCACAGGGGAACUCCCAUAAGGUAUUUUCAUCCCUUUCAGCUGUGGAAAUGAUUGAGUUCUAGGGGAGCAAUGUUAAAGAACGGUAACAAAGUUCAUCCUUUAAUGCCAAGUACUAGAAAGAAAGCUAAGGAGAAACAGUACACAAUGGAUAUGUCUAGCCUUGCGUAUAAUAAUUCCUACAGCGUUAAAUUCUCUAUCGGGGGAUUUAAAUUGAAAAAGAGGGAAAUUGUCUAAUGGGAAAUAUUGAAAGGUGCUACAUUUUUAAGCAACUUUACAGUGGAGGUCCUAGAGUAUUUUCCAUGGGAAUCAGCUGAUAGUUUGCUUUCUUGAUACUUUUCUAUUCUGCUAAACUCUCAGCCAAUCUCAGACCCUGUGACUGAGGAAUUUUUAUUACAUAAUGGAAAGAAAGAUUGUGUAUUAGAAAUGUCUUUUUGUCAACUACUUUGAAGGUUUAAGAAACAGCUUUAAACGUUAUCCUUUAAAAAGCUAGCUGUACACUUGACAGGUAUUUCUGUUGUGCCAUCUUUAUAUGGUGUAUACCCAUCAUAAAUUCCAAUCAUAUAGUUAGAUGAUGGCAACAUUGAUUAACAACUUAUUUAGGCAAUUUUAGUCCUACCAAGUCACUUACCUCUACAAAAGGAGAAAUAUAUGCAUUAAUGUUUCUGCAGUAGUAGAUACUUAUAAAAUAUUGCUAUUUGGUUCCCAGUGUUGGCAAUCUUUGAUAUUUUCAACCCCGAGUGCCAGCUAAGCAACAGAAAACUCUAGUUCUGGGAUUUUGGGCAAAUAUUCAUUAGUAAUACUUUUUACAGAAAUUGUUCGAAAUAUCCAGGAUUAAAGAACCCCACCCCCACCCCCCAUACGCACACACAUCCCACAUCCCUCCCUUUCUGGCAUAAUUUCUGACUUCCAAAUUUGCAUCCCAAGACGGAGUGUCAGCUUUGAGCUGCUCACAGCAUCUCUCAGGCAAAGAGCAAGCGGAAGUGAUUGAGAAAUCCCUCCAGGCGCUGGUGCUUCCCCUCGGAGUAGACGACACUCCCCUCGCACCCCCACCCACACCCCCGAGCCUAUCUCUAAACCCGGAGGCACUCGGGGGCGCCGAAAUCCCCGCCCCUUCUCGCUUUCCAAAGCGGUUCUUAACCUUUUUUGGGCCGGAGACCUACAGAAAGCUAAGGACCCUAUGGCAAUGGGGACAGAGAUUGGGGAAAGAACAGCUUUAAAGCUUUGCCAAACUUUCGGGAGACCCUGAAUUUUAAACACACCCGAACUGCAAGAUAAGAACCCUAACUCUAAACUCUUGGUUUAGGGCGAUAAAACCAAGAGAGGUGCACGCAGUUUAGAUGUCAAAUCUCGUCCCCAGGGAGAAACCGGAGGAAGGGAAGGCGCUCCAGCGCUAGGCCACUUUCACUUAUAAGAAACUAAAAGGGAAUAGUCAGGGAAAGAAAUUAAUAAAGCUGGGAAGAAAGAAGAGGAAGAGAUGGGGACAGAAAAGAAAGAGAAAAGGAAAGAGGGAGAUGCAGGCACUAGAGAGGGGCAUAAUAGGAGAAAAGACCACAAGAAGGGAAAGGGCAGCAGAGACAGAGCUGCACAGAGAGACAGGGAGAAAGAGGAGAGAGGAGACGCGAGAGACAGAGAUACUGCUAGCACCAGAAAAAGAGAGAACUUUCUCUGCUCUCCCAACGCAGGGCAGAGAAUCUCAGAAAAGCCCAUCCGCGUGAGGCCGCGGGACGGCGAUCGGCUGCCUGGGCGUUCACGCCGCCUGGGACCCCCGCCUUUUGCAAGCGUAGGCCGUCUGGGAGUCCCGCACGGGCCAGCCGAGGAGGGGACAGUCUGAGAGGAGGCGGUCCCGGCUCGCUCCGUUUUCUCCUCCCCUCUCCUCCUAGAGGCGGGUACCGGGAGUAUUUGAGCUGCAGAGGACCCGCGGUCCCCCCCCCCGCCUCCGCCCCCCCCCCAGCCCCCCAUUCAAGAAGCCGCUCCACUACCCUCGCCAGCACAGCGCGCCCGGCGCGCCUCGGAGCGCACGUUCCGCGUCUUCUCCCGCCGGUUCCCUGGACAUUAUGCGGCCGAGCAGCCGAGCCCCAGUCCUCCUUCUCCUCCUGCUCCUCGGGCUCCUCCUGCAGCCCAAGCGGCUCAGCUCUCGGCAGGCGGCGGCGUUGCUCAGCCGAUCGCAGACGGGACCCUCGCGCGAGACCUCAGCAACUCCUAAAGUCAAAAGUUGGCGGCGGGCGCCGGGUUCCGCGCGCUCUCCGCGGCUGCUGCCUCGCGUAGCCGCCGCAGCCAAGGAGGGCAGAAGGGAGGGGGGUGGGGGCAGCGGGGGAGGGGUGGGAAGCACCAUGCAGUUUGUAUCCUGGGCCACACUGUUAACGCUCCUGGUGCGGGACCUGGCUGAGAUGGGGAGCCCAGACGCCGCAGCGGCCGUGCGCAAGGACAGGCUGCACCCGAGGCAAGUGAAAUUAUUAGAGACCCUGAGCGAAUAUGAAAUCGCGUCUCCCAUCCGAGUGAACGCUCUCGGAGAACCCUUUCCCACAAAUGUACACUUCAAAAGAAGGCGACGGAGCAUUAACUCUGCCUCUGACCCCUGGCCUACCUUCGCCGCCUCCUCUUCCUCUGCUACCUCCUCCGAGGCGCAUUACCGCCUCUCCGCCUUCGGCCAGCAAUUUUUAUUUAAUCUCACCGCUCAUGCGGGAUUCAUCGCUCCGCUGUUCACUGUCACCCUCCUCGGGGCACCCGGGGUGAACCAGACAAAGUUUUAUUCCGAGGAGGAAGCGGAACUCAAGCACUGUUUCUACAAAGGACAUGUCAACACCAAGGCCGAGCACACGGCGGUCAUCAGCCUCUGCUCAGGAAUGCUGGGCACAUUCCGGUCCCAUGAUGGGGAUUAUUUUAUUGAACCACUACUGUCCAUCGAUGAACAAGAAGAUGAAGAGGAGCAAAACAAACCCCACAUUAUCUAUAGGCGCAGCACCCCACGCAGAGAGCCCUUAACAGGAAGGCAUGCAUGUGACACCCCAGAACACAAAAGUAGUCACAGUCAGGACAAGAGAAAAACGAGGACGAGAAAAUGGGGAGCGAGGAGGAGCCUGGCUGAUGAUGUGGCAGUAUUAAAAAGCAACUUAGCCACACAGGCACUUUCUGCUUAUGGGAACAAGACGGACAGCACAAGGGAAAAGAGGACCCACAGAAGAACAAAACGUUUUUUGUCCUAUCCACGGUUUGUAGAAGUGAUGGUGGUGGCAGACAACAGAAUGGUUUUAUAUCAUGGAGCAAACCUGCAACACUAUAUUUUAACUUUAAUGUCAAUUGUAGCCUCUAUCUAUAAAGACCCAAGUAUUGGAAAUUUAAUUAAUAUUGUUAUUGUGAACUUAGUUGUGAUUCAUAAUGAACAGGAGGGACCUUCCAUAUCUUUUAAUGCCCAGACAACGUUAAAAAACUUUUGCCAGUGGCAGCAUUCAAAGAACCAUCCUGGUGGAAUUCAGCAUGAUACAGCUGUCCUUGUAACGAGGCAGGAUAUCUGCAGAGCUCAUGACAAAUGUGAUACCUUAGGUCUGGCUGAACUGGGAACCAUCUGUGAUCCCUACAGAAGCUGCUCUAUUAGUGAAGAUAGUGGACUGAGUACAGCUUUUACAAUAGCCCAUGAACUGGGCCACGUGUUCAACAUGCCUCAUGAUGACAACAACAAGUGCAAAGAAGAAGGAGUUAAGAGCCCCCAGCAUGUCAUGGCCCCAACGUUGAACUUCUAUACCAACCCCUGGAUGUGGUCAAAGUGCAGUCGAAAAUAUAUCACUGAAUUUUUAGACACUGGUUACGGCGAGUGUUUGCUUAAUGAACCUGAAUCCAGACCCUACCCUUUGCCUUCCCAACUGCCAGGCCUCCUUUACAACGUGAAUAAACAAUGUGAAUUGAUUUUUGGACCAGGUUCUCAGGUGUGCCCAUAUAUGAUGCAGUGUAGACGGCUCUGGUGCAAUAACGUGGAGGGAGCGCACAAAGGCUGCCGGACUCAGCACACACCCUGGGCUGAUGGGACCGAGUGUGAGCCUGGAAAGCACUGCAAGUUUGGAUUUUGUGUUCCCAAAGAAAUGGAGGUCCCUGUGACUGAUGGAUCCUGGGGAAGCUGGAGUCACUUUGGAACCUGCUCAAGAACAUGUGGAGGGGGCAUCAAAACAGCUAUUCGAGAGUGCAACAGACCAGAGCCAAAAAACGGUGGGAAGUACUGUGUUGGGCGCAGAAUGAAAUUUAAAUCCUGCAACACGGAGCCGUGUCUCAAGCAGAAGCGAGACUUCCGAGACGAGCAGUGUGCUCAUUUUGAUGGGAAGCACUUCAACAUCAAUGGUCUGCUUCCCAAUGUGCGCUGGGUCCCGAAGUACAGUGGAAUUUUGAUGAAAGACCGCUGCAAGCUGUUCUGCAGGGUGGCGGGGAACACGGCCUACUAUCAGCUCCGUGACAGAGUGGUAGAUGGGACUCCAUGUGGCCAGGACACCAAUGACAUCUGUGUUCAAGGCCUUUGCCGGCAAGCUGGAUGCGAUCAUGUUUUAAACUCAAAAGCCCGGAGAGAUAAAUGUGGGGUUUGUGGUGGCGAUAAUUCUUCGUGCAAAACAGUGGCAGGAACAUUUAAUACAGUACAUUAUGGUUACAACACUGUGGUCCGAAUCCCAGCUGGUGCUACCAAUAUCGAUGUGCGGCAGCACAGUUUCUCAGGGAAAUCAGAGGAUGAUAACUACUUAGCUUUAUCAAGCAGUAAAGGUGAAUUCUUGCUAAAUGGAGACUUUGUUGUCACAAUGUCCAAAAGGGAAAUCCGGAUUGGGAAUGCCGUAAUAGAGUACAGCGGGUCCGACAAUGUUGUGGAAAGAAUCAACUCUACGGAUCGCAUUGAUCAAGAACUUUUGCUUCAGGUGUUGUCAGUGGGAAAGUUAUACAACCCUGACGUGCGCUAUUCUUUCAAUAUUCCAAUUGAAGACAAACCCCAGCAGUUUUAUUGGAACAGUUAUGGACCCUGGCAAGCAUGCAGCAAACCCUGCCAAGGAGAGCGAAAACGAAAACCUGUUUGCACCAGGGAAUCUGAUCAGCUUACAGUUUCUGAUCAAAGAUGUGACCGGCUGCCCCAGCCAGCACCCAUUACUGAACCCUGUGGCACAGACUGUGACCUAAGGUGGCACGUGGCCAGCAGGAGUGAAUGUAGUGCCCAGUGUGGCUUGGGUUACCGCACCUUAGACAUCUACUGUGCCAAAUACAGCAGGUUAGAUGGGAAGACUGAGAAGAUUGAUGACAGUUUUUGCAGUGGUCACCCCAAACCAAGCAACCGGGAAAAAUGUUCAGGAGAAUGCAACACAGGUGGCUGGCGCUAUUCUGCUUGGACUGAAUGUUCUAAAAGCUGUGAUGGUGGAACCCAGAGGAGAAGGGCUAUUUGUGUCAACACCCGUAAUGAUGUACUGGAUGACAGCAAAUGCACACAUCAAGAGAAAGUCACCGUUCAGAGGUGUAAUGAAUUCUCUUGUCCACAGUGGAAAUCGGGACACUGGUCAGAGUGCCUGGUCACCUGCGGAAAAGGGCAUAAGCACCGCCAAGUCUGGUGUCAGUUUGGUGAAGAUCGAUUAAAUGAUAGGAUCUGUGACCCUGAGACCAAGCCAACCUCCAUGCAGACCUGUCAGCAGCCAGAAUGUGCGUCCUGGCAGGCGGGUCCCUGGGGACAGUGCAGUGUCACUUGUGGACAGGGAUACCAACUAAGAGCAGUGAAAUGCAUCAUUGGGACUUACAUGUCAGUGGUGGAUGACAAUGACUGCAAUGCAGCAACUAGACCAACUGAUACCCAGGACUGUGAAUUGCCAUCUUGUCACCCUCCCCCAGCUGCCCCAGAACCAAGGAGAAGCACGCACAGUGCUCCAAGGACCCAGUGGCGAUUUGGGUCUUGGACUCCAUGCUCAGCCACCUGUGGAAAGGGUACCCGGAUGAGAUAUGUCAGCUGUCGGGACGAGGACGGCUCUGUGGCUGAUGAGAGUGCCUGUGCGACCCUGCCUAGACCGGUGGCAAAGGAGGAAUGUUCAGUGACCCCCUGUGGGCAGUGGAAGGCUAUGGACUGGAGCCCUUGCUCCGCAACGUGUGGGCAAGGUAGGGCGACCCGGCAAGUGGUCUGUGUCAACUACAGCGACCAUGUGAUUGAUCAAAGCGAGUGUGACCCAGAUCAUAUCCCGGAAACCGACCAAGACUGUUCCAUGUCACCAUGCCCUCAACGGACCCCGGAUGGUGGCCUCGCUCAGCACCCUUUCCAAAAUGAGGAUUAUCGCCCCAGGAGCAUCAGCCCCAGCCGCACCCACGUGCUCGGAGGAAACCAGUGGAGGACAGGUCCCUGGGGAGCCUGUUCCAGUACCUGUGCUGGUGGGUCCCAGCGGCGUGUUGUUGUGUGUCAGGAUGAAAACGGAUACACCGCCAAUGAUUGUGUGGAGAGAAUCAAACCAGAUGAGCAGAGAGCCUGUGAAUCCGGCCCUUGCCCUCAGUGGGCUUACGGCAGCUGGGGAGAGUGUUCUAAGCUCUGUGGCGGAGGCUUGCGAACAAGGCUUGUGGUCUGUCAGAGGCCCAGCGGGGAACGGUUUCCAGAUCUGAGCUGUGAAAUUCUCGAUAAGCCUCCGGAUCGAGAGCAGUGUAACACCCAGGCUUGUCCUCAAGACCCUGCUUGGAGUACUGGCCCUUGGAGUUCGUGUUCUGUCUCUUGUGGUCGAGGGCAUAAACAACGAAAUGUUUACUGCAUGGCAAAAGAUGGAAGCCAUUUAGAAGGUGAUUACUGUAAACACCUUCCUAAGCCAAAUGGGCACAGAAAGUGCCGAGGAGGACGAUGCCCCAAGUGGAAGGCUGGCGCCUGGAGUCAGUGCUCUGUGUCCUGUGGCCAAGGCGUCCAGCGGAGAAAUGUGGGCUGUCACAUGGGAACACACAAAGUAGCCAGAGAGACCGGGUGCGACCAGUACACCAGACCAGAGUCGGAACGUGCCUGCCAAGCCCCACCGUGUCCGCUCUACACUUGGAGGGCAGAGGAGUGGCAAGAAUGCACCAAGACUUGUGGCGAAGGUUCCAGGUACCGCAAGGUGGUAUGCGUGGAUGAGGACAAAGGUGGUGAGGUUCAUGGCGUGCACUGUGACAUGAGCACACGGCCUGCGGACCGCGAGAGCUGUAGUUUGCAACCCUGCGAGUAUGUGUGGAUCACAGGAGAAUGGUCAGAGUGCUCAGUGACCUGUGGAAAGGGCUACAGACAAAGGCUUGUCUCCUGUAGUGAGAUUUAUACCGGCAAGGAGAAUUACGAGUACAGCUACCAAACCACCAUCAACUGCCCGGGCACGCAGCCGCCCAGCGUCCAGCCCUGCUACCUGCGGGAGUGCCCGGUCUCAGCCUCCUGGAGAGUCGGCAACUGGGGGAGUUGCUCUGUGUCUUGUGGCGUCGGAGUGAUGCACAGAUCCGUGCAGUGUCUAACCAAUGAAGACCAGCCCAGCCACUUAUGCCCUGCUGAUCUGAAGCCAGAAGAAAGAAAAACCUGCCAGAAUAUCUAUAACUGCGAGUUGCCCCAGAACUGCAAGGAAGUCAAAAGGCUGAAAGGUGCUGGUGAAGAUGGGGAGUAUUUCCUGAUUGUCAUGGGAAAGCUCCUGAAGGUGUUCUGUGCUGGAAUGCACUCUGACCACCCCAAGGAGUACAUGACACUGGUUCACGGCGACUCUGAGAAUUUCUCUGAGGUUUAUGGGCACAGGUUGCACAACCCAACCGAAUGUCCCUACAACGGAAGCCGGCGUGAUGACUGUCAGUGUCGGAAGGACUACACGGCUGCUGGGUUUUCCAGCUUCCAGAAGAUCAGAAUAGACCUGACCACCAUGCAGAUCAUAACCACCGACUUACAGUUUGCCCGAACAAGCGAAGGACAUCCUGUACCUUUUGCCACCGCUGGGGACUGCUACAGCGCUGCCAAGUGCCCACAGGGUCGUUUCAGCAUCAACCUUUAUGGAACUGGCCUGUCUCUAGCUGAAUCUGCCAGAUGGAUCUCUCAAGGGAAUUAUGCUGUCUCUGACAUCAAGAAGUCCCCGGAUGGUACUCGAGUCAUAGGGAAAUGCGGUGGUUACUGCGGAAAAUGUGCUCCAUCCUCUGGCACUGGCCUGGAGGUUCGAGUUUUAUAGUUAAGAUGCUCUGAAGAGGAAGCCAUUAUGGGAUGGAUGAAGGAUAGUGAUGCAAUACCUCCACCUUAAAAUUUGUGUGAGUGUGUGUGUGGUGCGUGUGUGUCUGUAUGUGUGUGUGGACUUGUAUGUCUGUGUGUGUGUGUACAUAUGCAUAUAUAUAUAUACAUAUAUACACACACAUGUAUGUGUGUGUAUAUAUGUGUGUGUAUAUAGAUGUGGAAUAUCCUAAUGAUGUAAAGUUUAAUAUUUAUGUUUGAAAUUAUUUAUUGUGAUGUAAUAUUUUUGUACGUAAAAUGAUUCUAUUAUGACUGCCUUUGGCAUUAUUUUGUCCCCUGCAGUCAGACCACUGCAUUUUACGUACUCUACAUUAUAUGUAGUACUAUGACAAGAGUGAUCCUUCAUUAUCACGGUACACUAUUGUUUACUUCCUAUCUGUAAAUGUUUUCUUGUUACUUUUUUAAAAUUGUAAUUUAAAAAAAAAAAAAAAGGAACAACCUAGCUGCCAUCAAGGUGCUACAAGAGUCGUAUGAAGAUAUUUUUGGCAUUUCUAGGAAAGUAUCAUUAGCCAAUAAGUAAUUUAGUGAUGUCACAGAUUGUACCAGCUCUUAAUUAUGUUAAAUAUCUAUUCAGUUUCAUGUGAUCUCUGGGAAAAAAAAAAAAGAUUGCUGCCUUGGUGCUAAUAUUGUAUGUAUUUAAGCGAUCAUCAGACUCAGAAAUGUAAACAGUUUAAUAAAAGGGAGAAAACAAAGGACAGCUUCCAGUGGACAGAAUCACUUGGAUAAAAUAAGACUGUUUACCCUUUUUUUGAGACAUACCUUUCUGGAAAGAGACUUGGACUUGUUUCUUGUUGUUAUUGUUACUGAUACUUUGCUUCAGUCCAUGGUGCGUUGCUCUCUCUCUGGUUAAAUGGAGGGUCCCCACAAGCAGUUUCAUUACCAAGUGAUAUUGAGCAAAUGAGACCUGCUCAGCGUUUUGACAAGAUAUUCUCAAAUGGUGUCUACUUUAACAAUUGUAAUACAGAAAGAUGCAUGGGAUGGGGUGCUAUUAGCACCCCCAGCAUAUCUGAAGAAACUAAGGACCAGGCUCUUCAUCAUCGGGAUUGCCUUCUACAUGAAAACAUUGGCUGGUGACUUGACUUCUAUUUAGGCCAGAAGCCUAAAGCUCUGCCAGUGUUGGUGACUGCUGCAGUAAUUGGAAUUCACAAGAAGAAAUGAACUAUGGAGUUCAAGAUGCCUGAAUCUUUCUCAGCUUCUGUGAAUCUUUGGACAUGCUCUUGGUUACUUCUUUCCAAAACAGAAGUACCAAAGCCCUGGUGUUUCUGCUCUUCUGCCUGGACUGAGGAAAAGUCAUUAUUCAUGUCAGACACUUGGAUUUGAGAAACCCUCCCAUUUCCGAAAACCAGAGAUUCAGAGAAACCUGGCAGUAUUCUCCAAACCCAAACUCCAAGGCCCUCCAGGAAGUUAUAUUCAAUGUAUGAAUAAGUGUUAUUCUCCAUCAUUAAUACAUUGUGAAAAUAUACUAUGAAUAAAUACCACAACCACAUCCAAACA